AAAUAUUAUUUAGGCAACGAAAACCAAUUUAUUACAUUUUUAUAAUGGUAUAUAUAAGAGUGGGGCGGUCGGCGGUCGGCGGCGGUGGCUCGUCGAAUCGUCUCCAUUACCGGAUGACAUAGGCGGCGGCCGACAGUCGCGAUAGAGGAUGUGCCGAAGUCGCCCAAACAGUUUGCGCACACAAUGUGUACCAUCCGAUUUUGUUUCACCGCCACCGUAGCGUUUCUCGUUGUCACGGUCGGCGGCAGAGGCGUGUCUUCCGAAGAUUAUAUCGUUUUGGGUCGAAAGUGCUGCCUGUCGGAUCGGCUGUACGAUCCGGAAAUGCGGUUCUGCAGACCACACGGGACGGACGUUGUAGAGCACGAGGAGAGGUUUAUUAAUCGACUGCGGUACGGAUUCCGGAUAGCGGACAAUGAUUUGUUAAAUAUGACCUAUUAUCCGCCGCCAUAUUGCAAUGCCAUGGAAGUGCUAGUCGACAUGCCCACCGUGGAGGUGCGUGGGCUGAUGGAGGCGAACCCGUCGCCCAUCGAGUUGCCGCCGGACCACUGCUUCGACCUGACGCCGUCCGAUGAGCUGGUGGCCCGGGGGUGCCGCCCGCACGACCAAUACUGCGGCCGGGCCAAUUACACGUGCGUCAACAAGUGCUGUGGCGUCGGACGUAUUUUCGUCUACGACCCCGACAUGGGCGAUUAUGUGUGCAAAUAUAACGAGAUGCCAUUCGAUUUGUCCGCGUAUGAAACAGACGCAAGGCGGGAAGUCCGUUAUAUUAGUAUAACAAUACUACCUCCACAACCCCCUGAUCUAAGAACUGUCCCGUCCAACUAUUCUUGGUGA